AUGGGGAUUUAUCUGGCGCUGGAGAUUGUGGCGGCCGAAGAAGAUGUCCCGCGCAACAUUCCUUGUCGAACCUCACGUCUACAAGGCAGAUAUUACAUAGAGGAAGUUCUUGGCAAUGACACAAGGUGUUAUGAGAAUUUCAGGAUGAACCCUCACGUAUUUCAUAACCUGUGCGAUACGCUAAGAGCAAACUGUGGAAUCAGAAAUAGCAGGAAUGGUAUGACCGUCGAUGAGAUGGUCGGCAUGUUCUUAAUGGUAGUUGCACAUAGUACUCGCUUGGCCGUGGUUGCCGAACGAUUUCAGCAUUCUAAGGAGACGGUGUCACGAGUCAUCAAGGUAAUAGCUCAUGGAAUUCAUUCGUUGUCACCAACGUAUAUAAGACGGAGGAACGUUGAUGUGCAGCUAGAAAUUCAGAGUUGCCGAAAAUGGUACCCAUUCUUUCAGAAUUGCAUUGGAGCAAUCGAUGGGACCCAUGUGUCUGCUUGUGUUCCAUCAUCGGUGAGAGGCGCGUAUCGCGAUCGGAAUAACGAGAUUACGCAAAAUGCACUCUCCGCUUGUUCGCAUGACAUGAUGUUCACUUAUGUCGUCACUGGAUGGGAGGGCUCCGCUCAUGACUCUCGAAUUUUGUCCGAUGCCGUUACAUUAUAA